AUGUCCGGCGCGAGGCACUGGGAGCAAGACAAGGACUCCACGAUCUACAUCGGUAACCUCGAUGAGCGAGUCACAGAUGCCCUUGUCUGGGAGUUGUUUCUGCAAGCAGGCCGCAUUGUAAACGUCCAUCUACCCAAGGAUCGGGUCACUCAAUCCCACCAAGGCUAUGGCUUUGUCGAAUUCAAUUCAGAAGAAGAUGCUGAAUAUGCGGCAAGGGUGAUGAACCAGGUCAGACUUUACGGCAAGCCUAUCCGCGUCAACAAGGCUAGUGCCGACAAGCAGAAGUCUGUUGAAGUUGGUGCAGAGUUGUUCAUUGGCAACCUGGACCCGAUGGUUGAUGAAAGAAUGCUCUACGACACAUUUGGCCGAUUUGGUACAUUGGUGGCUGCUCCGAAGAUUGCUCGCGAUGAAAACAACUUGUCGAAAGGAUAUGGAUUCGUCUCUUUUGCCAACUUUGAGUCUUCAGAUGAUGCCAUCGCCAACAUGAACGGCCAGUACCUCAUGAACAAGGAGGUCUCAGUCCAAUACGCCUAUAAAAAGGACGGCAAAGGUGAAAGGCAUGGUGACCAAGCCGAAAGAAUGCUUGCGGCUCAAGCAAAGGCGCAUGGCGUCCAACCUACCCCUGCCACGAUUCCGCUUGGCGGACCAGUCUUUGGUGGUGUCUCACAAGCCCCCGUGCCUCCAGUGGGAUUUGCACAACCAAAUGGUGGUUAUCAAGCUGUCCCGCCACCAGCACAAGUACGACCACCACCUCCCAGCGCACCACUCACGGCUCCACCAAGCGGUCUUCCAGCGAGACCGCCUCCAAGCCAGGCCGGAUAUGGCGGACCACAAGGGUUCAUGCCACCAGGCUUCAAUCAGGUGCCCGCAGGCUUUCCACAACCUAAUGCCCUACCUGCCGGCUUUGCCCCUCCUCCAGGAUUUGGGGGUCCACAAGCUGGUACCAUACCUUCUGCACCGGUGAUGCCGCCGGGUGGAUUUUCUGGAUAUGGUAUCCGGAAGUAA